AAACCUCGGCCGUGGCGGGCCCCGUCUCCGUCCCGUUCCAGGCCGAGCGAGGAGGGCCGGGCAGUCUCGAGCGCGGCAGGCUCGUGGGUGCACUUGUCGUUUCGGGGAAAGCGACUGCGGCUAAUGGGAGGGAGGCUAGACCCUUCGGCGUCCUGGCCGGCGUUCCGGUGGGGAUUCUGAUGCGGCUUGAGAUCCGAAGGUGGCGCGGCCCCCAAACACCCAGAGCCGCAGAGUUCCAGGUUGUCAGCGGGAAGAGGGUUACCUUUUUAGAGCUACCCUGUCGCAGUCUUGAACUUCAAGAAAAGAUGUGGAGUGGGCUGUUACCUCCUGGGCUAAAUGAAAGUGAUGUUGAGCCAGAUUCUGAAGAUGAAGCCACACCAGAGAGUCCAGGGCUUACGGAACUUCAUUUGCAGGAAGAUGGAAAGACUGACAGCAGUAGGAAGCCCAAGAUGUCAGAUUUCCCAGCAGGCAAGCCAAAAGCUGAGACAGAGGCUGAUGCAAAUGCGUAUGAGAAAUGUCCUUCUGGAAUUCCCUUACACAUGUGGAGUAAAUUUCAAGAAUUGCAUAAAAAACAUUCUGAACAGAAAAAUUCAACGUCAAGAUUCAGACAGAAAAAAAGAAAACGCUCCCAAAAAGGCAAAUUGAAGAAUGAAAAAGAAUCUCACAGUGAGCAGUCCUCAAGUGAAACCCAAUGGAAGGAACUUACUCAGUAUUUUGGAGCCAAUGAUAGAUUUGAACCCCCAGUUAAGCAGAAAAAAGUUGAGAAGUCAGGCCUUGAAAAGAGGAUAGACCAGGCUGUGGAGGAGUGGGAUGUUGAGAAGGCUGAAGAGCUCAGCAACCAGCUAGCUACUCGAGAGCUCGGUGUAAAAAUUUCCAAAGCAAUUGCCUGCCAUAAGUUUGUUAAAGCCAAAAAAGAGGCUGAAAACUCACAGGCUGCUCGAAAGAAGAAGAAGCUGGCGUGGGGGUUUGAAGCGAAGAAGAGAUGGGAAACUAAAAGCAACAUGGGAUAUAUGUAGCCUUGCAGAGUUCUUCAGGACAUUUGUUGAUAGGCUGGCAUGCUUCAUUUAUCAAAAAGCUUUUUCUGCGUAGGUUAAAAAUGUCAGAAAAUUGAUAAGGGUAGAAAAAAGAUAAGCCUAAAACUUGGGAGCUGAUUAUAAACUCUUUGUGGUCUUUUUUUCUAAGAAGUUUGUGAAGGAAAUGAACAUUUUUAUAUUUGUGUAAGAAAUUUUAAGCAUAUAUACAAGAAAAAAGGAUAAGGUUUUAUUUAUUUGUAUAAGCCUACAGUUUAAAAUCAAUUUUGUGUUUCAUCUGUUGGUCUAGUAUAGCCUGUGAGGUCCUUGUACUUCCUUAUCUGUUCUUAGCAUGACUGCAACUGUUUCUAGAAUUGAGUUUUUCAGAAUGGCUUUUGUUUAUAGUGGAUUAGUCAUAAAUAGAAAAAUUCUCAAUUGUUACUGACUUUACAAAUGACUUUAAUGCUAUAAGAAUAAUUAUUGAUUCUUUUUGGAGGCAGUAGAAUUAAUAUUUUGUAGUCCCAUAGUAAAAGCAAUUGAUUAAUUUUUGUGUAAUGUCAGUGGAAAUAAUUAUAGUAAAAAGUGGACAUAGUGUAUCUGGAGAAUGAUUUAAAUUCAGCUUUGCCUAGAAAAUGUCUUUCUAAAUAUCUCUCAACCAUGUAAUUCUUUAAAUUACGAUUGUUCUUUGAAAAGGAAAUGGUCUGAUUGUGUUAGACAAAUAGUUGUAACUCAGGAUAUCAUAACUUUGGAUCGUCCAACAGCUCAUUUGUUUUUACCUCUUCUCCCGCUACUCCUUAACAGAUGGAAUGAAUUAAUGAGGCUAAAGAGAGAACUAAUACCUGGGAAGUCAUUGUCCUUACAGUCCUAAUGGGAAGAGGCUUUGAAAAGUCAUUUGAUAACUGGCAAGACUAAAUGUGGACACUGCGAAAAAUUAGAUUAUAAUUACAUUAUUUUUAUACUUAAAGCAGUAACAAUUUCAUUAA